CCUGCCACCUAGAUAUGAAGACAACACUUCUCUUUCUUUGUUCUCUGUUUUGUUUACCACGGAGGGUUUUGGUGUUUGUUCCUUUUUAUAGCAGAGGUAAUGAUUGGUACCAACCACCCUCGGAUUGGUCGACAGGUAGUUUAUGGCCAACAUCCAUAGGCUCCGAGUGGUCACCCUCUUCUUCUACAAGCAUGGGAGGAAAUUUCUGGAACUCACAAUCAUCGGAUCGGUCAAUAGGUAAUUUCUGGAACUCACAAUCUUCGGAUGGGUCGAUAGGUAGUUUAUUGCCAACAUCCAGUGGCUCCGAGUGGCCACCCUCUUCUUCUACAGGCAUGGGAGGUAAUUUCUUGGACUCACCAUCUUCGGAUCGGUCGACAGGUAAUUUCUGGAACUCACAAUCUUCGGAUGGGUCGAUAGGUAAUGUCUUGGACUCAUCAUUCUCGGAUUGUUCGCAAGCCCAUGGAUUCUUGGGGGAAGAGUCCCGGUCACUGCACAGUGAAGUGUGUGAUCACUGUCAUAUGCUGGAGAGAAAAUACGGUCACGGAUGUGGAGACAGAUGUAACAAAUUUCAAACAUGUCGGGAGCUUCAAAAAUGCAGUAGCAGAUUGACAGGAAGUCAUUGGCACAGACAUCACGAUUUCCCUGACCAUUUAGUGUGUUCGUUUUGCAAAUGCGUUGCCAGACGAGAUGGACAUCCAGAGCCUGAACGUGUUUGUUCUUUGUACUGUACUAAAAAAUUUUUGAAUAGAGGGAGAUUGUUAACUCUUUAGAGCAUUAAAAAAAGAAUAUUACAAAACAGUU